ACUAUAAAUAUCUCUGAAACCAAGAUAAAUUUCAGAGGAACCUGGUUCAGAUUAGAAGCAGAGAAGAACACAACUGGGAACAACAGGUCUCAUAUACCCACAUAUAUUUAACCAUGGAGCCUAAAAUCAUUCAGAUGGCAGCCCUGGGAAGGGCCUUGUAUCCUGGCAUGCUGUAUGACUGCCGCAGUGACUCUUUUAUUCCAGGUGUUACUUUAUGGGACAAGAAAGCAUUGCGUAAUGAUAUUGAUGUUCAUGACCAGACUAGAACAUUUGUCAAGCUUGCUGCCUCUGACAGCCUCAGUUCAAAGGCCAACCUCCUAGAUGUGAGCGCUUCCCUAAAAGCUAGUUUCUUUUGUGGAUUGGUGGAGGUUGGAGGAUCUGCCAAGUACCUACAGGAUUCCAAAUCCUCAACACGUCAGUCCAGAGUUACUAUGCAGUACAGCCAGACAACAAAAUUUGAACAGCUCACUAUGAAGGAGCUUGGUAACAUCACCUACCCACAAGUAUUUGACCAGAAAUCAGCCACUCAUGUAGUUACAGCUGUACUGUAUGGAGCUACUGCUUUCAUGGUGUUUGAUUAUACAAGUUCAGAAAGUGAGAACAAGCAGGAAAUUGAAGGAAACCUUCAAGCAGUGGUCAAGAAGAUCCCUACUAUUUCAAUUGAGGGGCAAGCAUCCCUAACUAUGAAUCAACAAGAGAAGAAAUUAUCUGAGAAUUUGAAUGUAACAUUUUAUGGUGACUAUGAGCUUGAUGAAAACCCCACCACAUACGCUGAGGCUCUCAAGGCUUGCAAUACGUUGCCUGGUCUGCUGAGGAAAAAAAGCAGUAAAGGUGUUCCAUUGACUGUGUGGCUGUAUCCUCUCAUACUUUUGGAUGCUAGAGCUGCUAAGCUACUAAGAGAAAUCAGUUUGAGCCUGGUGGCUAAAACAGAAAAAUUGUUGGAGGAGCUUGCUGAAGUACAGAGAAGAUGCUAUGAUUUGAUCAAAAUGCCAGUUACAAAUGAUUUCCCUGAUAUAAAGGAAAGAUUGAAAAGCUUUCAGGAACUACUCGGUUAUUAUAAUGUAGCAUUACAGAAGGCACUGGUCAGUGUUUUGCCAAAUAUUCGGAGUGGGGCCGUGUAUGACAGUGCACUGGGUCUCAUCCUGGAGAACCAUUACAAGUCACCAUUUACAGCUGCCAACAUGAUCAAGUGGUUAGAUGACAACUUAGGUGAAUUAAAUAUACUGACGUCCUAUACCAGUGGGCUGAAAGACCUGCCAGUUGUAACAUCCUCAGGGUCAUUUAAUUCCAUCCUCUUUGAUGCUGAUAUUGAUGUGGUGGUUUCGUUUACAUUUACAUCUUUAAUGAAUGAAGACUCCUUCAUAAAUGCUAUAGAAGACUUUGUGAACUCUGAAGGGUUUAGUAACUUGGACCAAAACAGUGCAAAUGCUUUUACAUUCCAAGCAAUAAAGCCUUGGUUCCUGUCUCCUAAUAUUUCAGCAAAAAUGAGGCAGAAUCUUUCUCUCUUUACAAGUUUUUACAAGGCCAAUAAAAAUGUAAAGAGAGUCAAAUUCAUUGUUGCCUCCAUAUCUGACCCCAGCAAUCCAGGAUCCUCCAUCCGACUUUAUCAGAACGGCACUUUGACUAAUGCUAACUUCCAGCCUGUAUCCAAGCCUGCUGCACCUGUGGUGGACACCAGUGAUGGGAAAGUCACCCUGAACCUUUCAAAAUCCAGAACCGGAGAAACUCUACAGUUCAAAAUUGAGUACAGAAAUACCCAGCCAACUGAUUCUGCAAGUGAUGCUACCGCAUGGAAAGUCAUCACAACUCCAGAUGCAAAGGCCAGCUUUAACUUGACUGGAAUAAAGCAAGACGAGCAACAAUGGGUCCGAUACUCAGCUAUUGGUAAAGUGGGAGUGAGUGAAGCCAGCGAUUAUGUCCCCUUCGUAAUAGCAGGGAAGAUCGAUUACUCAAUAAGUCAAUGGGGCACCUCCAUGCCAGUCCUCAUUGAUAAAAUAAGGAACAAAAUUAUGACCAAUACAGGCAUGUCACGGUGGUCAAACUCUAUUAUCAAUUCAGAAAUUCAAAAUGCUGUCAACAGUCCUACUAUUGCUUACACUGGUCCAAUUACUGGAGGCCUGAAAACCGGAAUGGCCAUGUAUUUCCAAGGCACUGCUCUUGCAACAGGAAAAUCCUUUGAAAUAGAUAUUAUAGCUGGGACAUGGGCAACCGGCGAUUAUACUUUUCACAUGUUUAUUACUUUUGAUGAGUCACUGACCUUCAACACCCGAAGGGGUCAGACUUGGGAGAGCAUUGAACGUAUAACAUCGUAUACUGUUGCCAAAGGAUCAGCCUUUGAUUUAUUUUUUGUGGUCAAACAAGAAGGCUGGGAGGUAUAUUUAAAUGGGCAGAAAGUUUAUCUGUUCAAGCAUCGCCUGCCAGUGGAGAAAGUGACUACACUUCACAUUUAUGGAGACACCGUCAUUAACGUCAUGGGUACUAUUCCAAACUGGAGCAAUUCUACUUUUGGUAAGGAACUAGCCUCUGGAACGUCACGCUCAAAGACUUCUAACAUCCAGACUGAUGUGCCAAACCCAGUCAGCAACCCUAAAAAAAACUAUGCUGGCAAUAUCCUAGCAGAAAUGAGGCCUGGUGUGGCUUUGUUCUUCAAAGGGGUUGUUCCUACAGAUUUCGAAAACUUUGCAGUAAAUUUGCUGUCCUCCCAGACGAACGACUUUGGUCUCCACUUUAAACUCAUGCCAAACCUGGUGGUAUUUAACACCUGCAAGAGUGGUUUAUGGGAAGAGCAUAUUGAAAUUAAGGGAAGUCCAUUUGUCAAAGGAGGAGCCUUUGAUUUCUUCCUGCUUGCUUCUACAAAAGGCUUUGAGGUGAUCGUAAACGGCAUGCCAUGCUACACGUUCACUUACCGCAUGCCAAUAGAAAAGAUUAAUUCUAUUCAGGUCACUGGAGAUGUCUUUAUGAACACAUUUGCAACUUUUGAAGUUGGUAAUGUUAACAUGAAAGCCCUGGUUCCUGCCAAUAUUUGAGAAUUCCAAAUCACCAAUGAAGAACAGUAAAACUGUCUCAUUUUACUGUUACAAAUAAACACACUAUUCAUUUUUUGCUACCGUAUAUUGUAUUUAAAAGAUAUAGAUGAUUUGCAUUAGUCUAUAAAUACACAGACAACUUUGCAGCAGAAAUGGUACAAGUCGUCUUUAGAUUUCAACGUUAAAAGGUUUUAGAUAAAGAUUCAGUGUAAUAGAGGUACGAUUUUGACUACUUUUGACCAUCAUUUAGGAAAAUAAAAUCACAAAAGUCAAUGUGUGAUUCUGGCUUUGAAAUGAACAAAACUCCACGCUUACACUUUUGCUUGUUCCUUCAUACCUCACACAAGAACAUGAGGUUGAACUUAUUUGCUUUCUUUAUUUACAUAUUUAGCAUCUUUUCUGUUUCACAAGUACCUUAAUUGGUUUGAAAUGCUAUUUUGGACCUCUAGAAAGUGCUCACUUCUAAAAAAAAAAAAAAAAAAAAAAU